GCUGGCUUCACUUCCGGGCCGCAGUCUGGGGCGGCUGCGCCUGUUGCCAUAGCGACCAUUUUACGUUAACUGGUUUACAAACCUAUCCAGGUGGCCCCAGCAACCCUUUCCCCGACUCCCUCUAGGCUUCCUGAAGCCGGAAGGCCUUAGCCAGCUCCCGGAAUUUGGCCUAGGGAUCUGCGUCGCCCCGUAGGGGCGGGAUGGCUACGGAAGAAGAGGACGAGGUGGAAUGGGUGGUGGAGAGCAUCGCGGGGUUCCUGCGAGGCCCCGACUGGUCCAUCCCCAUCUUGGACUUUGUGGAGCAGAAAUGUGAAGUUUUUGAUGAUGAGGAAGAAAGCAAAUUGACUUAUACAGAGAUUCAUCAGGAGUACAAAGAGCUUGUUGAAAAGCUGUUAGAAAGUUACCUCAAAGAAAUUGGAAUUAAUGAAGAUCAAUUUCAAGAAGCAUGUACUUCUCCUCUUGCCAAGACUCGAACAUCACAGGCCAUUUUGCAACCUGUGUUGGCAGCAGAAGAUUUUACUAUCUUUAAAGCAAUGAUGGUCCAGAAAAACAUUGAAAUGCAGUUGCAAGCCAUUCGAAUAAUUCAAGAGAGAAAUGGUAUGUUACCUGACUGCUUGACUGAUGGUUCUGAUGUGGUCAGUGACCUUGAACAGGAAGAGAUGAAAAUCCUGAGGGAAGUUCUUAGAAAAUCAAAAGAGGAAUAUGACCAGGAGGAAGAAAGGAAGAGAAAAAAAAAGUUAUUAGAGGCUAAAACAGAAGAGCCCCCAGUGCAUACUAGUGAAGCUGCAAAAAUGAGCAAUUCCCAAGGGGAUUGUGAACAUUUUGAACACCCACCCUCAGAAGUUAAAGUGCAUUUUGCUAAUCCGUCAGUGCAACCUUUGGCAAGAAAAGUGGAAAUGAUGCCUGAAACUUCCUCCCUCCCACAAAAAAGCCUGAAGAUUCCUGGCUUAGAACAUGCAAACAUUGAAGGACCAAUAGCAAACUUGUCAGCUCUUGGAACAGAAGAGCUUCGGCAACGAGAGCACUAUCUCAAGCAGAAGAGAGACAAGUUGAUGUCCAUGAGAAAGGAUAUAAGGACUAAGCAGGUCCAAAAUACAGAGCAAAAAGGAAAGCCUGCAGGGGAGGUAGAGGAAAUGACAGAGAAACCAGAAAUGACAGCAGAGGAGAAACAAACACUACUAAAGAGGCGAUUGCUUGCAGAGAAACUUAAAGAAGAAGUUAUUAAUAAGUAAUAAUUAAAAAUUAGCAAAAGUCCAAAUUUUCUUAAAAAUAAAUUAUUAAUCCUUAAACCAA